CGCGCGAUCGGCGAUAACUGACAUAAUGCAAGAGUAUCGAGAACGCGAAAACGAUGCAUGGACGGUAACGGUAAAGCGACAGCCGGAUCCCUUAUUCUUCACGUUCCACGUCUCUCCGAGGCACCUUCAGAGAACGGAAGUGACCGGAAAUCGGCUGUGAUGCCAGCUGGCAGCGCGCGCGGCCUUCAUCGAUACCGUAUUGACGAGGAGGGCGAUAACGAAGACGACGAUAAAUUUCGAUCGGCGAUAAAUCCUACGGGAAACUAUUACCACGCGGCUAAGGUGGAGGAGAGCAAAGAGAGAAGUGUCGGAUGAGACCGUCAUGCCCGCUGAGGUUGACACGGGCGGGCAUUGGGUGCUGCACUGUAAUUCCCGUGCCGAUCGCCCGACUGCGACGCCGAUUCGCGUGUCGAUUUUCCCGAGACUUCCGAGGAUCGACAAGGACCGAGGACGGAGUGGGACGAGAAGGAGAGCCCUGAAAGACCGGCGACGACAGAUCGGAACUCACGCGAGAGAAGCGCAGCCGACGUUGGAUCACCGGGACUGGAAAUCACUCUCCGUGCUCGAUUCAUCCGCAAGGAUUCCGAGAAUCGGCGAUCGGGAGGGGACAGCCCUAUCGACGGAUCGGUCAUCAACGCAACCACCACGUCGAAGAGGAGACGGACUCCUAGCGUAUCUCGCAACGAGGGAAUCCCCGCCGGCGAUCGAGAAUGCUCGCGAGCGUCUCCAGGUCACGUGGAAGCCACAGGAGAGCGAGGAGAAAGAGCGAGUGGAAUCGCGGCUACGCGACGUCGAGACGAAACAAUCUGACCCCGCGAUAGCGGGCUCGAUCGCAGGGCGUCGAAGUCUCCAGGAUCGAUCCCAGACGAGACACUCGCGGCCCGCGGUCUGCGACAGGAAGAAUCUCGAUGCUUAUCGGACCGAUUAUCCGGGAAGGACGAGGAUAACGGAAGAAAGUUCUCUUCUCUCUAGUCACCGUUCGCGUACUCGCUCGAACGAGCGAUCCUUCGAGGAUGAUCUCCAGGAUGUUGAGGGACCUUUCGGCGAGCGAUUUGACGAGAAGGCGCGAUCGAGUCGCGUUUCGGGAGGAGGCGACGAACGCUCGGAGAAGCGGAUCGAAAGGCUCGGCCAGGACAGGAAGAGGAUCGGAAACAGGCGCGCGUACCGCAUCCGCUCGUUUCUUCAACUGGCCUUUCUUCUCUUCCUCGUCGCCUUCGGGCGAUGCGGACUCGGCUCGUCGGGUGUGAUUAAGUUCAGUGCGAGACCGACCGCGAGUGUUCUCGGCUUCGGCGCGAUUAUUCGUGCAGUGAGUGCAGGCACGAUCGAUCUGACCGGCGACGCGGGCACCCGCGCCGAAAGAUCGGCCAAUCUCUCGCACAUCACCGGGGCCUCGCGAAAGAUACAGAUGUACAUUAAGAAUCGUCAUCUACAAAUCCUGCCGGAUGGCACGGUCAACGGUUCCAAUGACGAUACCUCCGAUUACACGAUUUUUCAAAGAACAUCGAUAUCGAGAGGUCAAUUAAGGAUUCAAGGCGUAGCGACCUGCCUUUACCUCUGUAUGGAUUCCUGUGGUCUACUUUACGGCUCGCACGAGUACACAGAGGACUGCGUCUUCAACGAGACCUUGGAGCAGCACAACUACAAUACGUACAGCUCGGUACGCUGGUCCACGGCGAAGAAGACGCUGUACCUCGGCCUGAAUCGCCACGGCCAGCCGAGGAGAGUGCAAGCUAAAGGUCACAACCUCGGAAGACUGUCGGCCUACGCCCGGGUGUUGACGCAGAUGGCUCCGUUUGAUCGGGUAGAGGCCCUACAGAGGCGGAUGCUGGGCGCACAGCACAACGUGCGCCAUCGGCAUCACGGCCACGGCCAUCGUCGUCUGCACGCCGGUGACGUGGCGCAACAGUCCAUCUGUCCCACUCUGCCGGACCAAGAGAAGGACGGCAGGGACAGGUUCAGAUGCCGUAAACGAAAGAAGAGGAAGAAGCGGAGGCGACGGUGCAGACCGGGCGAGCAGCCCGGUCCCCAGUGCCGAGUCGUUGAGGGAUCUACCAUGAGUCCCGCAUCGGACAUCGACGCGUCUUCGGAGAUGAGCAGCAUCACCACCCCAGAAUCUAAGCGAUCCUGCGAGGGGGCGGCCAGCGAGGAGGCCUGCAGACGUCAGGCUCUUUCGGUACCGGCGAAGAAGCGGAAGUCGCGGAUAGACGGCGACGGCGGCAGCGGCGGGAAUCUCACGCUCAACAACGGUAAGAACAAAGCAUCAACGUCAAACGCGAAAAAGCCAAACGUCAACGUCGCCGAUAGUCAAAGUAAAAAGCCUGAUUUGACGGACGGGAAAAAGACGAAGAGGAGGGGCCCGCCGAGCAGAGGGAACACGAGGGUCCCGCUGUCCCGGAAGCAGUACGUGUCUACCACGGUCCGGGCCUUUUUGCCGCUAACAGCGCCCACCAGCGAGGUGCAGCGGGUUUCGACAGCCACAUCGUCCUCGUCGCCGUCUCCUCCUGGUGUGUCAAUCGCUCCCUCCUCCGCCAGAAGGCCGAAUUCGCCGUCGUCUGGCCGUAGGAAACCGCCGCCGUCUUUGAGAACUCGCGUCACGAGACCGAUGAGCUCGCAUAGGAAAGGAAAGUCGUUUUCGCGUUCACCGGGUCGAUCGAAAUCGACGCCGAUGAGCGAGAUCAAUCUACCGUCAACCACCAAAGUUCCUGAAACCACGAGCGCGUGGUGUGCCACAUCUUUUCCUCAACUUUCUCGAUCCUCGUCAGUUCCCUCCUCCUCGUCCUCGCUCUGGCACAAGUCGGCCGAAAACUCUACAAAUUCACUGUCGAACUCUUCGCUCGUUGACGAGGAGUCGAGCUCAACCGUCACGAGCGAGCUGAUGACUGAAAUGGUAGAGUCGACUACAGAGGCGACAUCCAGACUGGACGAGGAGGGCGGCAAAGACAAUGAGUCUAGUACGAUCGAGACAAUCCCGAGAACGACUACGAGGUUUCCUAUAGAGCAACUGGCAAUGUGACGUCCUCGUUUCUCGAAUGGUAGGAGGAUGAUAUUUGUACGCGAAUGUCAUUGUAAACUUAUGUGUAUAUAGGAAUCACUCUACUACAACUCACUCUACAUUCAUGUACGACAAGUGUACGCGUGACGUAUGAUAUACGUCGUGCCGAAGUUUCAAUACUCACGAUAUAAGGGGACCGAUGUAGUUGCGGUUUCGGUGAAAUCAAAGUAUGUCUCAAGUUUAAAAAUAUUUUGAAAAGUAAUCAAGUUGACAUUUUACGCACAUAAAAUUUCCUAAUUUAUUUAAAUGGAUUAUUAAAAGUAUUUUUUC